GGUGGUGGCGCCGACUCCCCGGGCCCGGGGGCCAGAGCCAGCAGGAAGGAAGGAAGGAUGGCGGCGGCGGCGGUGCCGCGGCUCCCGCUGCCCCCGCCCCCCCCGCCGCUGAGGGCGCGCAGCCGAGCGGCCCGGCCCUGACAUGGCGCUCAGCCCCGAGGAUGAGGAGCAGGAGAGCGGCGGAGGCGGAGGAGCCCAGUCCAAGGCCAAGGUAAAAGCUAAAGCACCAAUGUCCUCGGGACCAAAGCUCUCCUCCAGCAAGGCAGCGAGUGGGGCGCGGAGGCGCAGGACACGCUGUCGCAAGUGCGAUGCCUGCCAGAAGACCGAGUGCGGAGAGUGCCACUUCUGCAAGGACAUGAAGAAAUUCGGGGGGCCCGGGCGUAUGAAGCAGUCCUGCCUCCUCCGGCAGUGUACGGCGCCUGUGCUACCUCACACGGCCGUCUGUCUGAUGUGUGGGGAAGCGGGGAAGGAGGAGUCUGUGGAAGGCGAGGCUGAGAAGUUCAAGCUGUCGCUGAUGGAGUGCACCAUUUGCAAUGAGAUAGUUCACCCGGGCUGCCUGAAGGUGUGUGACGCCGAGGGUGUCAUCAACGACGAGAUUCCCAACUGCUGGGAGUGUCCCAAGUGUCACCUGGAGGGGAAGUCUGGGAAGGACUCGAAGGACGGGAAGGACCCGAUGGAGUCGAGUGGGAAGCGCCGGUCGGACGGGGAGGACGGGCCGCGCUGGAAGCUGGAGGAGGGCGGGCGCCAGCGGGCAGAUGACUACCCGGCCAGCCGCAAGAAGAGCGAGGAGGGGCACAAGAAGAGGAAGGAGAAGGAGGGGCCGCUGGAAGCGGGCCCCAGGAAGAAGAAGCUGAAGAACGUGCGGGGCCAGGAGGACUUGGCGUCGAGCAACGAGAAGACGCACCAGCGGGAGAAGCUGGAGCGCUUCAAGCAGAUGUGCCAGAUGCUGGAGCGGGUGAACCAGGCCGAGAGCUCCAGCUCCAGCUCCAGCUCGGACUCGGACUCAGACUCUCAGGGCUCGGAGGACGAGGAGGAGGAGGCCCCCCGCAACGGCAAGGCCAAGGGGGGCCGCGAGCCCUCGCAGGGCAAGGAGAACCAGCACUCGGCCCGGCACGAGCGGGCCCGCGGCCAGGGCGGCCGGAAGCUCCCGCGGCCGGCCGGCCAGCUGGGGCUGCGCACCAUGGCCCGCACCCAGUUCCUCAACCGGCCGCCCGUCUCCUCGGCCCCCAAGCCCCUGCAGAUGGAGCGCCACGUGGUCAAGCCGCCCCCCGACAGCCCCGAGCCGGACUCGCUGCCGCUGGAGACCGGCGCCGACCACGUCAUGCAGCGGCACGCCUGGCUCUCCGUCUUCCAGUACCUCAGCCACCGGGACCUGUGCGUCUGCAUGAGGGUGUGCCGCACCCUCAAUCGAUGGUGCUGCGAUAAACGUUUGUGGACCAAAAUUGACCUGAGCCGUCAGAAGUCCAUCACUCCAGCCAUGCUGAGUGGAAUCAUUCGACGGCAGCCUGUAGCCCUGGACCUUAGCUGGACCAGUAUCUCCAAGAAGCAGCUGAUGUGGCUCAUAAACAGGCUGCAGGGUCUCAAAGAGUUGAUUCUGUCGGGCUGCUCCUGGUCCUCUGUCUCGGCCCUCUGCACGGCCAGUUGUUCCUACCUCCGGCUACUGGACCUCUGCUGGGUUGAGGAUGUAAAGGAUUCACAUCUCCGGGAGCUCGUGUCCCCUCCAACAGACACCAGGCCAGGUCAGAAUGAGAAUCGUGGGCGUCUGCAGAACGUGACCCAGCUCCGUCUAGCUGGACUGGACAUCAUGGACUCCUCACUGCGACUCCUGGUCCGCCAUGUGCCCCAGCUGACCAGCCUGGACCUCAGCCACUGUCCGCACGUCGGAGACCAGUCCGUCAAUCUCCUGACGGCUGCAAACUCCCAGCUCCGCGAUAACCUCGCUGAGAUCAACUUGUCAGGCUGCAGCCGGCUCACAGACCAGUGCCUCCCGCUCUUCAAACGCUGUCCCAGCAUCGUCCGCAUCGACCUGCGCUCCUGCAAGCAGAUCACGCCGGAGGGCUGCCAGCGUUUCAUCCAGGACAGCUCCCUGGCCGCCUCCUUCCAGUGCUCCGAGGAUAAACUGAUCUUGCGCAACAGCUAACAUCACGGAGGGGGGGCUGUCUGUCCCCGUUGGGGUUGU